GUGGAUUUGCCUGUUAGGUCAGUCUAGUCGCAGAGUUCUACAUUGAUGGAUAGAAAUCUGCACACGCCAAGUUUCGCUUCGAUCGUAAUAAAACAACAACAACAAACACACAUCGUUCGUUUGUGAACUCAAAACCAUUUUACUACACAUUUCACUCGUAAACAUAACAAAACGGAAUCGUAACCGAACAUACAAACGAACCAACAAAAAACCAUCUCGUGUUUGUCGUGCGAAACUUCGACGUUUCAACUCACAGAAUAUUCCAAUUUUACGAUAAAUUGAGAAUUCCAACUAAAAACGCAUCCAUAAAAACACCGUGCAUUUAACGUAAAUAUACGAAAAAGAGUCGAUGAGAACGACUCAAAGCCGCGCGCGUUCAUAUCAAGUCGGAAGAAGAAUAUUAUAAAAGAAAAACAAAUAAGAUUUGUUUCGGUUUUAAACAAUCAUAAUCAUUUUAUCGGUGAUCAAAUAAAAGAAGAAUCGCUUUUGUGUUUAACCAAUUGAUACACAACAGUUAAUUGAUAAACCAACGGUUCAUUUUAUGGAAUUUGGAACAUUAAACAAUUUGACCAAAAAAAAAAAGAACGAAAAGAAUUGUGGUGCAGUUAAUUUGGUGGUCUAAAGUGAUUGGAAUUCAAACGAACAAGAGUGAGAGAUAGGAGAAGCUUGCCAAAACGUGAACAAACCAAAAAAUAAGUGGAGCAUAGUCCAAAGCGAAAUUGCAUGAAUAAAAUUCAAAGUCCAAAUUUACGAGGAAAUAAUAAGAAAAAGAAUAAUAACACAACCAAAUGAAAUUGCAUGCAACAGAUUAGUAAUUUUUCUACAGAAAAAACAUUGCAUUUCUUCUUCAGUUUCGCAAAGUUCGACUCAACGAGAAGAGUCGAUGCUGAGCAUAAAAAUCUGCCAGAGUGUUUUUGUGUGUGUGCAUUUUUAUCGUUCAAUUUCGAAUACAAACCGCUGUGUGUGUACUGUUGCUUUUGUUGCCAUUGCUUGAAAUUACAUUAGAAAUUAUUGGUGUAGAAUAAACAGAAAAACGGAAAAAAAACCAACAACAACAGCAGCCCAACAAACGUUAGUAACAUAUAAGCACUUAAAUCGAAAUAUAAUCGUGUGUAAAGCCAAUUGCAUUCAGUUUUCGAACUGUAGCAUUAUUAUCAAUAAUAAUAGUAAUAACCAUCACAGCAACAACAACUACGGCAAGCAACAAAUCAGACAAUUUUUCAACGACUUUCCGUAAUUUUAGCGAAAAAAACAACGAAUUAAAUAAAACAUCAGCAAAUAAGAGCAACAAACGAAGAAAAAAAGAGCAACAAUAACAAUCAAAUGAACACAAAAACCAAUUUUAAUAAGGUCGUUGUCUACAGUUGCAUAGUGCAAUCGAAAUAAAUACAACCGUAAUAAAAUCGCAGCCAACAACAGCAACAGCAACAGCAACAACAAAUUUCUCUAAUCUUAAUUUUGUGAACGCGCUCGCGGAGACGCCGAUUGUAAUUCAACUCAUACACGCUGUAUCAAUUCACUAAUAAACCGAAUGAAGAAGAAACCAGCUAAUAACAUACACCAUUCUCUCCCAGAUUCCGUGCAUUAACGAUAAAAGAACCUAUUAAGUGCUUGCUGCUGCAGCUGCUAAGAGAAAAAAAAAUAAAAGCGAUAAAAAAACACACAUCGACGAAGGCAACACAAAAGAAACACACGGAUCAGCCAAACAAAAGCUGAACAUCAACAUUUUCUUUGUUGGCUCUCGAUUUGCUACGAAAUCGAACCGGAGAGGAAAUUGAAGAAGAAGAAAAACAGAACGAAAUCAUUCGUUCAAAAAACCAAUUUUUUUUUCGUGAACUGCGUGAUUUUAAUAAACCGUAACCAUUCUGUCGCAACUGUUUGAGCCAAGCGCCAGGAUUAUUUCGCUUGAAACGGGCAAAGUGACAACAAAGUGUGUCACAAUGCGUGAGAAAAAAGGAGGUGCGCUUCAAAAGCUGAAAAAGCGAUUAUCGCACAGCUUCGGAAGAUUAACGAUAUCACGAGAAGAUGGUGAGGACUCGAAUCAUCAUCAGCAUCAAAUAAAUCAUUAUAAUCAUUCAUCAUCAUCGAAACGGAUAUGGAAACAGUCGUGGCACCAACAUCGAAGUGGUCAUAGCAACGAAGUACCAUUUAACGGAUACAAUUCGGAGGAAUAUCUUGAUAGACUAGAACCAAAUGGUAACAUACCAGCCAACAAAUCCGAUUUGGGUUAUGGAAAACAAAUUGAGGUGUUUCCGCCUACGGCCAACGAUAUUAAAAACGUUGAACAACGAGAUGAGACGAACGACGAACAAAACAAUCAUCUUCCGCCGAAUGCCGAACAAGCCAAUAAACCAGAAGAUUGGUCGGGCGCAAAUGAUCAUGAACGAGUUCAACGACAGUUAUCCGUGUCAUCAGAUAGUAAGCUAUUGGAUGAGGAUAUACGUGAAGAGACCCGCGUUAUAAUGCGACCUAAAAAACCACCGAGACCAAAAUCCGAAGUAUUUUUAAAUAAACAGGACCUGCAUCCGCGACGAAAGCGGUUUAGUGCAUUUGGUGGUGACUCGCCAUUUGGUAAGACAGAAGCUUAUAUCAAACUGGAGCAACUUGGAGAGGGUUCAUACGCAACGGUCUUCAAAGGAUACAGCAAUUUGACGAACCAAGUAGUUGCACUCAAGGAGAUUAGACUGCAAGAGGAAGAGGGAGCACCAUUUACAGCAAUCCGUGAAGCAUCGCUGUUGAAAGAACUGAAACACUCGAACAUUGUAACGCUACAUGAUAUUGUUCAUACCCGCGAAACGUUGACAUUUGUAUUCGAAUAUGUGAAUACCGAUUUAUCGCAAUACAUGGAGCGACAUGCGGGUGGUUUGGAUCAUCGAAAUGUUCGGCUAUUUUUAUUUCAAUUGCUGCGCGGUCUAUCGUAUUGCCAUAAACGGCGAGUGCUUCAUAGAGAUGUUAAGCCACAGAAUUUAUUAAUUAGCGAAAUAGGUGAAUUAAAACUUGCCGAUUUCGGAUUGGCAAGAGCCAAAAGUGUUCCCAGUCACACAUAUUCUCAUGAAGUGGUAACGCUAUGGUACCGACCACCAGAUGUAUUGCUCGGCAGUACUGACUAUUCGACGUCGCUAGAUAUGUGGGGCGUAGGCUGUAUAUUCGUUGAAAUGAUUACAGGAAUGCCAACGUUUCCUGGUAUUCGUGACACAUACGAUCAAUUAGACAAAAUUUUCAAACUGCUCGGCACACCGACCGAAGAUACAUGGCGUGGUGUAACGCAUCUACCAGGAUAUAAACCACAAAAAUUAGGAUUUUAUCGUCCACGUAAAUUAGGCCAUAGUUUUCCACGAUUGUAUGAUAUUGUUGAGGGUGAAGCGAUUGCUACCUUAUUUUUGCAACUGAAUCCCGAAGAACGAAUGGGUGCUGAAGAUGCAUUGAAUCAUCCAUAUUUUGCACCAUUACCACGGAAACUGUUUGAAUUACCAGACGAAACAUCAAUAUUCACCGUUGAAGGUGUGUAUGUGUAUCCAGAACCAAAUCGACAGAAUAAAUGAAAAUUAAUGCACGGUUUGUCAUUGGACGGCGUUCGAUAUUAUUGUUAGACAGUCACCGAGAUCACGAGUGACAAGCAUUUGGCAAACAACAAACACCGAACUAAUGCAAACCACUGCAAAAACAACACAACAACAACCGAACCUAGAAACUGAUUUGCGGAAAACAGGAACAUUUAUUAUAAUUUAAAUGAGAAAAAGUGAAAACACCUUUUUAAUGAUCGUUUAGUUUUAUUUUCUAUCAUUAUGAAAUUAAAGAAAAAAAAAGCAGAAAAAAAGAUUUUAUUGGAAAAAAAAAAUUUAAUUCAAAUGAAAAAAUACACAAAUACACACACAACACAAAAUCGAACGAGAUGUAAAUGAUAUAAAUGGUAUAGAUAAAAAAAAGAAUAAUUGUGAAAAUCAAAAUGCCAAUCGACAAACGCCAUCAAUACAACUAGUUCAGCAACUUAUAAACAACAAAUGAAUCUUUAAAAUGAAAGAAGAAGAAGAAGAAGAGGAAAAAAACACAUGAAAACAAAAAUCACAAAAAAAAGAUAAUUGAAUUAUAUAAAACUAGCAUCAAUAACAAUUACUAAAUAUUAAUUAAAAAAUUUGGACAACACAUUUAACUAAAUCACAACUAAAUGAAUAUUGUUAAAGAUCUACAAGACACGAAAAAGGAAAUUGUGAAAUAGAACGAAUAGGAAAGAAAGAAAUAGAAAGAGAGAGAGGGUUCAACUCAAACGAAACCCUUUUUUUUUAAAUUGUAACAAAUGGAAAAAAAAAACAAACAAAGAAAAAGAAAACAAAUUGUGAGAGUGACACUUCAAAUGUGCGUAGCGGCUAGCGUUUUGAUAUUUAUGGAGGAGAGGAAAUGAUAACGAAUCAAAGACAGUGCUAAAAAUGUGUACUGACAAAUGAAUGACGUCCACUUUUUAUGCAAAAGAGAAAUACAAACGAAACACACACACACACACUACAAGACAAAGCAAAAACCGAAAAUGAUGAUAUCAUUUCCGCUCUUUGAUAAAGAUUUUCGUCCGAAAUUCGGCAUUUAAUUCAUAUUUUUUAUUAAAUCUCUUUUCGUUAGAAUAAUUUUUCAGUGCACUCGUCCAUUGUCGUUGUUAAGUAUAAAGAUGAAGAGAAAACAUUAUCUCAAUGUUAGAUUAGAUGAGCCGCGUCACGCCCAUUUGAAUGUUGCCGACCAAAAAAAAAAAAAUUCAAUAUCGAUCGCAUUUACACACAUUAGGUUGAGAUUGAGUAUACUUAUGGAAGAGUUUAAUCAAAACAGCGAAGAAACAAACAGCAAAAACACAUAGACGUGCAGAUUGAAAUGCUUGUAAAGAAAUUGAAACCGAAUAAAAAACAACACCUAAAUUAAGUAAAUGAAAUGUGUGAUUUCAAUUUGAAACAAAACAAAAUAACAAAAAAAUAUUAUUGUAAAUGAGCGAGCGAAAAAGAGAGAUUGAGAGUACGAGAGAGAGAAAGAGAGAGAGAGAGAGAGAGAGAGAGAGAGAGAGAUAGAGAGAGAGAGAGAGAGAGAGAGAGAGAGAGAAAGAGUGCAGAAAGAAAACAAAUUGUAGUUGGGAUUGUUUCGUUUUCCAUUAAAUGAAAUGAAUUAUCGUAUUUUGUGCAGUUUAACUGAGACUUUCAUCGUAAAAAUGGUUUCUCUUAUUAUAAGAGUCUUAUAUUUCGUUGUUGAAUGGAAAUAACACAACUGAAUUAUAUCAAAAAAAGGAAAUUCUCUUUAUUUCGUGUUUUUGUUUUUUUUUUUGUUCCUCAUGACCAAAUUAUCUAUAUAUCAAGCGAUUUGGUUCUAUUUUUUCUUUUCAUCGGCGAUAUUUAGUAUUAAUUUAGUUUUCUUUUUUAAGCAUACGGUGGAAAUUUCUGGUGGAAGUCGAGACUGUUUAUUACUCGUUUUUUUUCGUUGGGAGAUAAGUGCCAUGCAUAAAUGUGUUAUCCUAUCAACAGAGAAAAAAAUAGCAAGCAAAACGAUUGACUAGUAUGAUUUGACUAGGUCAAAAUGAUGAUUUAUUUUUCUCUUCAUUUAUUAGACUCAAACACGUUGCUCUGUUUUAGACUAUGAAAAUGUGUUUACAUUGCAAUUUUAUGCUAUUUGUACGUGGUAAUUUUCUUUCAUCCAAAAGUCAUCCGGCUUUUUUUCAUGAGUAGUUAACAAUAGUAAUUUUCUUAACAAUAGCUUAACGAUUUUAAACAUCACGUUGCCAAAUCUCAAAGUUUUUCUUUCCACACACACACACACACUGCAAUCAAGAAAAAUGGAAUUUUUUUCUAUCAAAUAAUAAAGUGCAAUUCAAUGACAAACAUUGCUAUUCCACUUGAUAAUACAGUUACUGUGAAGCAGACCAAUGUCGUUAGCUAGAUCAUCGAAUAUCAUCCACGGUGAAUCGUAUUCGUGUAGGGUCCAUUUGUGACCGCCCCAUACAAGCGCCAAUCUAACGAUGUGUUUGCCCAACGUUUAGAACAGCCAAAAUGCAUUUCCACAUUUUCCCCUUAAUAACAACUAAUCUUCCAAUUUAUCAUAAAUUACAUUACUCAUUCUAUUUUCUUCCGCCAUUUUCCAUUUCUGCUAAACAUCAUCCGCUCUUGCUUUAAAUUACUGUUUUUUGUUACGUUAGAAAAAAAACUGUUUCCUUUUUCUAAAACAAAAAUAAAAAAAAAAAAAAAACAACUAUACUAAUAUUUUAAUAUAAAAUGUGAUAUUUAAGGAGAAUGAAACAAAAGAGAAAAGUUGAAAGAAUUAUCGAAGUAUUUUAUAUGUAUAAAUCAGAAUAAAAAUAAACGGGGAUAGACAUCAACAAAAAAAAAAAAAAAAACAAAAUAUGAACGUGAACAAUGUUUAAAGAAGAUAAAAAAAAAUAUGCAUACGAAAAAAGAAACACAUAACAACAACAACACAAACAAUGAAGGUAACGAUGACAACAACCACUUUCCCAUUGAACGUAUUCUCACAGAAUUGAUUUUGUUUUUAUUUCUCGAAUUUCAUACAAAUCUAAAAAUUCUUGCACCAAACAAUGUUAUUGUACAGCAACAAAAAAAAACAUAGCUUAGACAAAAGAAAAACAACUAUUCCUUUUAAAUAAAUUUCAAAUGAAAAUGAUUUGAACAAACAAAAAGACAAAACCAUUUUUCAUCAACGCAUUAAAAUGCAGAACUAAUUGUUAAACAUUUUACGAGAAUCGAGAUUAUCUCAUAAACAUUUAAAUGAACAAAAAAAAAAAACAGAAAAAAAAACAAAAAGAUUAACAAUCAUUUCGAUCGGAAUGACAGUCGAAUGGAUAAUAUGAUCAAAGCAGCGAAAUAUGUAAUUUCAUUGUGAACAGCAUUGGAAUAUGUUCGAUAUCGAAUGAAAGAUAGAAACAACAACAACAACAACAGCAACAAAUGAGAAAAUGAAGAAGAACGUUCUUUUCCGUUCAGUCUGAACCAAAAGUUAUGAAACCUAAUGAUGAUUUUUUUUUCUAGAUAAAUAGUAGAAUGUAGACGGUUUCCUUACCUGUUUUUUAUCUAAACGUUUACUUUUUUGCUUGCGAUUCAUUCAAGACACUUUGAAAUUUAAAAAAAAAUGAAAUUGUAGACAAAAUAGAAAUAAACAAAUAUCUAAAUAAAAAAUCGAAUCGAAUCGUAUUAAAAUAUUUCUGAGCAGAAAAAAAACAGAAGGAGAAAGAGAAGAAGAAGAAGAUUAAACGUUGAGAUAUUAUAAAUGUGGAAAAUGUGGCGGAUAUUGAAUAGGAGAUGAGGCUUCGCAAACAAAUUUGUUCAUUUGUUAUGAAAUUCACUACCGACACUUUUCCGUUUCUUUUCUAACGUCGAAUUUAUAAACAUACACACUCACAUCAGGCGAUCAACCAAAAAGUAUAAAAAAAAGAAACGAUCUGAAAACUCUCUGCGCCUAAUAUUUGUGAGACAAACAAAAAAAUAUGCACAUAUUUAAUGAGGUUUAAAUUGUUGAGUGCCACUACCAAAAAAAUCGCUCGAAAACACUCGAGUGUGUGAUGUUUUUUUCUUUUUACAAAAAAAAAAGUAUUUCAAGAUCGAAAAAUGGAGAAAUCAAAAAUCAAAGCACCGAAUGUGAAUAAAAUUGUGAAUUAGAAAAGAUGCGUAACAUAUUAAUCUCUGCUUUGCUAAUUUCCGUUUCUGUGUCUCAUCAUUUGGAAAUAAAACAAACCAAAAAACAUAGCACGCGAAUAGCCAUUUUAUGAGACCAAUUUUCUAAUUGAAUCACUUUUGAUUUUUCCGGAUUCGUAGUUUUGAUACCAUUUUCUAAAUGAAAAACAACAAUAAAAAAAAACACACAAAAGAAGAGAUAUCGAUAUUCACGACACGCCGUCAAUUUCCAUGUUCAUGCAUUUUUUUUCUUUCUUUGAACUUACCUACCCUCGAACUUCCACUUGACAUUUUGUACCUUGCCAUUCAAAAGCGAUUUCUUGAUUGAUUUCUUUUUUUUUUAGAGAAAUCAUGCUAUUUCUACUUGAUUUCCACUAAUCGACGACUUAAAAUAGAAUAAGAACAAGACACAUUUCUGACAUUCUUUUUCGCCGUGAAUUUAAUUCGCUGAACCGAAUGUUUGAGUUGCUACCCUCGACAAUAACAAUAACAGCAAAAUUCCUCAAAUCCAACAGCACCAUCGAGAGCAGAAUUUCAAAUGUUUGAAACAGUGUAUGUUCAAUAGAAAAUCUCUAUUUUAUUGAAAAUAACCAAAAAACAAUUAAAUAUUAUAGAGCCCAUUCACCCGUGCGAACAAAAUAGAAUACAAAUGAAUAGAAAUAAAGAGAAAAAAUGUUGUUAGAUGGAAAAUGGACUAGACACUUGACAAGUAACACUAUAAAAUUUUAGAAGGAAACAUUUUAGAACAAAUAGGAAAAUGGUCUCAUCAAAAACAUCAAUGAAGUAGAUUACGUCGUUUUGUUAGCUCUGAAAAUAUUGUGCUAGUAGCUCGAUGAAUGUCGAACAUGUUGACACACUCAUUUUUUGUUACUUUUUUCCGUUCACUCAAAUUUGGCGACUCAACUUCUUUUGUGCUGUUUCACUUUUGCGAAAGAAUUGUUUAAGUUCGAAAUUUUUGGAAUUUCUUCCACUUUUUUCCAUACACAAAUCAAUAGCCUCAAGCACUUUUGCCCACUCUAUCCAUUGAAUGAAGUAACACAAUUUCAAUCCUCCAAAUAUAGCGAAUUAAUCAUGUAGCGGAUCACAAUUUAUUUAAAUAAAAUCGAUAGAGAAAAAAAUUAACUAGAACUGUCCCACAUUUCAUACCAUUCACGCACAUACUUCUAGUUUUCCUCCUUUCGUUGUCUUCACAGCAGAAUCUAACAACCAUUCAAAAUCAUCGACAAUAACUAGUGGUGCGUCUAGAUCAGCUUGAAUUUGGUUAUUGUGGAUGGUUUUUAGUUGUUGGUGAUUUCUGUUUCUUAACUCAUUCGAUGCACUUUAUGCUCUUUUAUACACAUUAAAAUUUAUUACCAGAAGAUAUUUGCUCACUGAAUUUGGUAAAGGUUCCAUUGGAAUAGGACACACACACACACACACCAUGUCAACAUCAUUGGCUGUGAUCCAUCUCCAGACCAUGGAGGCUCCAGUGAACAUUUAGGCUUAACAAGUUUAAGCUAACUUCUUCUGAAUGCACUUGGAUUUUCUGUUUGAGGGCAUUGCAACAUCGAUUCCAUUUUCGGUUUGAAUGAUGCAAAGUUUCAUCAAACAAUGGCAAAAGAAAAAUGAACAUAUUUUUUAAAUGAAAUGCAACCACACAAGAAAAAAAAACACUAAAAAUUUGUUUAAAUGCACGACCCAUCCCGAAUAUUUCGUCCAUAGUUUUUAAGAGCACAAUCAUAUUGUUUGCUACAUUUGACAUGGAACUAUUGAACACACAAAACAUAAAAUAUACACACGCGCUCGCCAAGCAAAGCAAAUGAACUAAAAGAAACACACACACGAAAUGAUUGAAUGAAUGUUUAUAUUAAUUUGCGUCAAUCUAAUUUUUAGUAUUCAUCGCACGUUUUUACACCUUCUUUACUCGAUCUUUUUUUUUAAUAUAAUUAAUUGCUUGUAAACAAAGGGGAUAUAAAACAAAAGAGCGCUCUUCGACGAAAGCUAGAAGCAACAAAUACGAAUUGCUAUCCGAAUUUUGUGAUUUAAUUGAAAAGAGGACUCAAGAUAAGAGAAAACAUGUAUAAUUCAUUGAUGAGAAUAUUUUACUUUGCAUAGAGUGUGGAGUGGCGUGGUGAGCAAAGGAUGGCUGAGCGCAAUCGAAUCAAUCAUUGCUAAUUUUACUCAGAAUUCAUAGAAAAACCAAUGUGCUAGACACGCAUGCCAUUUCAACACAAAUUCUAACAAAUGAUCAACACACAUAAGCCAAAACAAAAACAAAAAAAAAACAACACGAAGGUGAAUGUAUCGCGUUUUUAAACUGUUUUCAACUGUUUUCAUUAUGUACAUAUGGAUUAUAUUUUAAACGAUUGAAAUAUAUACACGCAACACACACACCCACACUCACACAAAGAGCGAUCACAGAACGAUACAAACGAGACAGAUGAACGCGUGUUUGCACGGCAAAUCAUCGCGAUGAAACGAUGAGAUGAAAAUCAAAGAAAACAAACAACAAGAUAAUAUUAAAUAGUUCAAUAAGGAAAUUGAUUUAUCGAAAAAUUACAAAUGAAAAUC